GAGCUUGGACGCGUUCUGAAUAUAUUUUAAAUAUUUCAUUGUUUGGUGUCCUAUUACUUUUCAAUAUUCCUACACUUGCUCUGUGAUUCCUACGCUGUGUUACACUACUAUAGUUUAUACGAAAUACAAUUUGUGAACUCUUUACAUUUUGAAAUAAGUAUACCAUUUCCAGUUUCUAUGAAGCGAUAAAAUGUAUUCUUGUAAAUUUUAGUUUUCGACGGUUUUAUGUGUAUUUUUGUGUAAAUACCAUAGUGAAAAUAAAAUAAAUAGUGAAUAUGAGAGGAAUUGUGUUCUUGCUUCAUUAAUGCAAGUGUUUUAAUAAUGGAGUCCUGUUGUUCCCGCUUCACGGCGGCGGAGGGCGGCGCCCGACUCGCCGCGGCCGCCGGUGUCAAAAAUAUUAUGAUUACGGAACAUACUAAUUUUAUACCUACUAGCUUGUUGAUUGAGUACGCUCAUCGGAUACGAGGCUCACUAAAAUCUGGUUUCCAACGUUCCAUAUACAUAACGAGGGCUUCCAAAAUCGACUGUAUAGCGCAUGAGUUGAAGAUAUUAACUGAUUUGGUGAUCAGCGGUGUGAAGGGCUAUGAUGAUGUACAGGAUUGGAGACGGGAGCUAGAGGAGAAGCAGGUUAUAGUGUGUACAUCAUUGGUACUGAAACAAAUUCUCGAGAAUGAAAUGUUGGACAUGCUCAAAAUUAACGUUCUCAUAGUGGACAGCUGCCAUUUAGUGUUUAAAGAUGAUAACUUGAAAUAUAUAAUGAAACUAUACAAAAACUGCGAUGAAAAUAAAAGACCUAGGAUUUUAGCCAUGACCUACCCUUUGUUCCAAUCGUCAAAGGACAAUGAAGAAGCUGAAAAUAUAGAUAAUGACGAAUCUAAUGAAAAACACGAAAAAAAUGUUAUAGACCAUGAUACUGCUAGUAAUGAAAAUAAUGAAAUAGACAAUGAUACUGCUAAAGACGAAAGAGGAAUUAGUGAUAAUAAUGAAACAUUUAAUGAUUUAAGUGUAAAUGAUGGUGUUAAUGUCAAAAAUACUACUGAAUGUGUGAACAACGAAAUGAUUCAAGAUCAAGUAGAAUCUAAUGAUAUCAAAAUUAAAGCAAGUGAUGGUGAAAUUAGUGAAAAUGACGUAAAUGUGGCUAUAGAUAAUAAAAGUAGUGACAAUUUACAAGAAGAUAAUGAAAAUACAGAAAAUCAUGAAACUACAGCUGAUUUGGAAGUAGAUCAAGAAAUAGUUUCUACACAGAAUGAAGAUUGCAACGAAGGAAGUAAUGAUAAAGAAGUUGUAAUUGUUGAAAAUAAGAAUAAUGAUACGGCUAUAAAUGAAAUGGAAUCAACAGAAAAACCCGAAAAUAUAGAAAAUGAUUCAGAAAAUAAAACCAAUAAAAUUAAUUCAAACGAAAACAAAGAAAAAGUCAAAAUGGCAAAAGAAAUGGCGGUUUAUGAGAAUUCCGAUGAUUUCGAAAUGUACGAGAAGUUGGAAUGGAGAUUGGAAGAGUUAGAGAAAGAGUUGUGCUGUGAAAUGGAUCUUGCUGAAGAUAUAGAUGGCGGGAAGAGGCUAUCACCGUCAAUAACAAAACCAAAAGAAGUUAUAAUCGAAUUCGAGAACGCACCAAAAGAUCCCUCCGAUAGUUACAUUGACUUGGAUAAGUUCAUGAGAGACACAAUAUAUGAAGCUUUGGAUUUUAUAAAUGAACAUCGAUAUGAUCCAACUGAAAUAUACGGAGACGAGUUAUAUGAAGAGUUUAUGAGCAUUCCCGACCCGACCAUAGAGCCGAAGCAACUGUUCAAUCAGUUUCUAUUCGUUUUAGAUGAACUAGGUCCUUACGCAGCGGACAAAGCGGCAUUUUCUUUACUGACUAAAUUAGAGAAACUGAAAAUUAAAGUUCCCUACGAGAGACAUUUUCUACUACUAUGCUUAUGUACAUCUGUGUUUAUAAAGAUUAGAUGUUACGCAGAUUUAAUAUUUUCUACCUGUGCAUCUGAUUGGGAGAAAUUAACUUUAUUUUCGACACCAAAAGUGCUUAGAUUUGCCGCUAUUUUAGAACAAUUUCAAGCGGAGAAUGAAAAAAUCGAUGAUAAAGCUAUAGAAGGGAAAAUUAAUGAAAAUAAUGAUCGUAAAGUAAAUGAAAGUAAUCUAGUAGAAAAUGUAAAUGAAAAUAAACAAUAUAGUGUCAAAAGUAUAGAAAAUGAGGACGAAAUAUUGAUGAAUAAUGAUGAUGACGUAAUUGUACUUAAAGUUGAAGAUGUAAGUGAUUUGGAUGAUGAUAAUGACAUAAAUGAAAAUAAAGACAUAGUAAAUGAAGAAAAUACAAACAAACAAGAAUUGAACAAUCAUAAUGCUAAUAUAAGUAAAAACGAAGAUGUAAUAAAUACAGAGAAUGCAAACAAAGAAGAUUUGGAUAAUCAUAAUGACAUAACUAAUAACGAAGGCAUGAAUGAAGAAAAUAAAAACAAAAAAGGAAUGAAAAGAUCGAAAACAAUAGAACUUCUAGAUGAGAUAAAUGACUGUAACUUCGCAGCUCUGGGUGAUAGAAUAGAAGACAGAGUUAACUUGAUUGAAAUGAACUUAAGAGACAUUGAAGAUGAUGAAAAAACAAUUAUUCAUAUAGAAUCUAUGGUUAAAAAUAACACAGCUAUUCAAGAUAGCAGUGCUAAAGACAAUAACAGUGAAAUUGCAGUUAACAGUGAUAACGCUAAAAAUUACAGUGAAGUGAUAAGUAACAGUGACAAACUAAAUAUCAAUGAUAUUACGAAAAAUAACAGUGAUAACCACAAAAAUAGCAGUGAUAUUACCAAAAGUAACAGUGUAAUCACAAAAAGUAACAGUGAAAUAACAAAUCACAGUGACAAAAUAGACGCCAGUGACACAAAAGUGUUCAAACGCGGCAGGGGUAGGGGGCGAAGACCAAGAGUCAAUGCUAAAAUACAACAACAGCAGAAUUCGGAUUCGCUGUGUGGUAUCGUUUUUCUGAACGAACCGUUGAUGGCGAAGAUACUGUUUAUGAUUAUUGUGGAUAUGUCCAGAUCCCGGGCUACACUAUCGCAUCUGUGCGCACAGUACUGCGCUGUCGAAGGUACAGAUGAGCCACGCGAGAGUCAACGACAGGGGAGGAAACAGGAGGAUGUUUUGAAGAAAUUCCGUAUGCACGAAUGUAACUUGCUUCUAGCGACAUCCGCUUUAGAAGAAGGAAUAGAUCUACCAAGAUGUAAUCUGGUUGUGAGAUGGGAUGUGCCGUCUUCCUAUCGAUCGUACGGCCUCUGCCGCAGUAGAGCCAGAGCCAGCAAGUCGUCAGUGACACUGCUCGCUGACGCUGACCGACACAGCUCGCUGAUGGUGCACCAUUUGGCUGUUUAUAAGGAGUUGGAUCAGAUUGUAACAAGAAAAUGCGGUUGUGGCAUUCAAAAUGAACCAACAUCGGAAGAAGAAAAUGAAGCAGAUACAUACACACAAUAUGUUAAAACUUACACUCCUAAAGAUUGUAAUGAUAAAGUCAUUACUAAAGUUAUUAAUGAUAGAGAAUAUACUAAACAACUAGAAGAUGGUAAAAGUGAAAAUAAUGAUACUGAUGUGAAAGCGAAUAAUGAAAUUAAUGAUAAACUUAGAGAUAAUGAUACUAAACUGAAAGAUGUUAAAAAUAAUGACCUUACUAAAGUUAGAGAAAAACAUACAGUGUUGGAUAGUAGUGUUAGUUUAGACUUCAGAGACCGUGGUAAAAGUCAAAGUGAAAUAGACUCUAAUGCAAGUGGUCAAAGUGUAAAUUCCAAAGUUAGUGGUAAAAGUGACACUAAAGUUGGUAAUGACAUUAAAGUGACUUAUGAAGUUGAGAAGAAAGGAGAAAUUGUUGCAAGUGUUGAUUUGAACAGCGCUAUCGCUUUGAUUAAUAGGUACUGUGGUAAGCUACCGUCAGAUACGUUCACACGGCUAGCGCCGCAAUGGUGGAUGGAGCAGGUUCGACUCCCGGCGGGUGACGGAGUGCAAACCGCGUAUAUAUGCACCCUACGAAUGCCCCUCAAUUGCCCCGUGAAGUAUAACAUUGUGGGUCACCCCAUGCCAACAAGGGUGCUAGCGCGAAGAAUGGUAGCUCUACAAGCUUGCAGGAUAUUGCAUAAAUCUGGGGAGCUAGACGAUCAGCUGAUGCCUAUAGGUAAAGAAAACUUCAAGGCAGCGGAAUUGGACUCGAAUAUAAACACCGAGUUUUCGGACAACAGUGAUUCCGCAAGACCGGGGACGACUAAGCGAAGACAAUAUUACUAUAAACGGACAGCCUGGGCGUUCACUGAUUGUCAGCCAGUCAUAGAUACAAGCGACGCUGAAAUAGAAGCGAAUCCGGUGCCACAACAUAUACCUGUGAAAGGGAACGGCAAACGCAACACCCUACACGCGCUAGUAGCCGGUCUGUGGUGUGCGUUGCCCGAGCGGUACAACACGCGCGGCCGCCGCCUGCACCUGCCGCAGCACGCGGCGCAGGCGCUCGGCGUGCUGCUGUGUGCUGCGCCGGACAGACUACAAAUACCCGCGUUCCCGGUAUACACGCGGUCUGGUGAAGUCCGUGUGUCCGUCGAACCGGCUCUAGAGGCGGACGUGAGAUUGUCGCCGAGACGGGAUAAAUUGAUACGAAGGUUUAUGCGAUUCGUAUUCUCCGAUGUCCUGCGCGUGCGCAGGCGUGGUAUGAAGUUACAGACAGAAGGAUCAACGCAAAAUAAUUAUUAUAUAGUGCCUACAAUAAAAAAAACAAAACCGGAUGGCAGUACUAUGGUCGACAUAGACUGGGCAUUCCUGGAACUCAUAUACAAACAUACAGAAGACAAAAAGCAAGAAGAAUUAUUAUGGAAAGAAAAUGGGGUAGAUAAAAAUGAUAAAAGUAUUACUCUGGAAAAUAUUGUUGGGAAAAAUGAUGAUACAGUGAAAAAUAUUGUGGAAAAUAAACUUGAUAAUAACGAAGAAAAUCUAUUAGAUAAAACAGUAGAUGCUAAAAAUGAAAAUGUGAAAAAUUCAGGAAAAGAAAGUGUUUAUAAUAUUGUAAAUAAUAUUCAAGACAUAAGUGAAAAAACUAAAGAAACAAAUGUUGAUACAAAUUUAAAUACUACAGUGGAUAAUAUUGAAGAAUCUGGGAGUCAAAGUGAAGCUAAAAAUGAAGAGAAGGGAGUUGAAAGUGUUCCUACAACUACAGGAGAUGAGUUAGGUGAAAACGAAGUAAUAGAUAGAAAUACAGACGAAAACAUAUAUAGAACUGUAGUUAAAACUAUACAUAAAGCUAUAGAUAAAAAUACAGAUAACACUAUAGAUGAAACUAUAGAUACAUCUAUAGGUAAAACUAUAGAUAAAACAACAGAUAAAACAAUAGAUAACACUAAAGAUAGAGCUACAGAUAGAACUAUAGAUAAAAAUACAGAUAAAACAAAUACAGCUAUAGGUAUAGAUACAGAUAAAAUUAUAGGUAAAACUAUGGAUAAAACUAUAGGUAAAACUAUUGGUAAAAAUACAGAUAAAACAAUAGAAAAGCGUGGUGAUAAAGCUAUAGAGAAACGUGUGGAAAACCCUCUCCUAGCUCCCGGGGAAGUUUUUAAAUUUGACCCGCAGAAAUAUAGUGAAGCUGUUGUCACUCCGUGGUACAGGAAUCAAGAUCAACCGCAGUUCUUCCUUGUAGCCGAGAUAUGUUGGCACUUAACGCCCGACUCGUCAUUUCCCUCGGAACAGCACGAGUCCUUCCGUUCGUACUACAGAGCUAAAUAUGGCGCGGAGUUGACGCAAAGCGAUCAACCACUCUUGGACGUGGAUCAUACGAGCGCUAGGCUGAAUUUGUUGACGCCGAGAUACGUGAACCGCAAGGGCGUAGCCCUACCCGUAUCAUCGGAACGCACACGUCGCGCGAAACGCGACCGUUUGGACCAGAAGCAGAUAAUGGUGCCGGAGCUGUGCCGCGUGCACCCGUUCGCGGCGCCGCUGUGGGCCGCCACCGUGGCGCUGCCCUGCGUGCUCUACCGAAUAAACGCGCUCCUCAUAGCCGAUGAGAUACGUCGGGCGGUAGCGAUAGAUGUGGGUUUGGGUAUACCGAAGUUGGACGACGAAACUUGUCCCGGGUUCACAUGGCCCCCACUUGAUUUUGGAUGGAGUUUGGCUGAGGUACUCAGCGCUGAUUCGGAAAAGCACGACAAAAAGAAAGAAAUAGAAGACUGGAGUAAAAGUGAUGAGCCGGAGAAAGAAGAAGAAAAAGAGGAACAAGAGAAAGAAGAGACACAAGAGAAGAAUGGAGAAGAGACGGGAGAAGUUAAAGAGAAGACAAUCAAUGAUAUAUUGCAAGAGAAGGAAGACGCUGAAAGUGGUUUCGAGAUAGGCACAUGGAGUAACGACAUGGCGUCUUCUAUCCCGCUCACACUCGACGAGUUCAAUGAGCCCCUCCCACAUAAUGUUACUCUGUGCACAUCGGCUACUGGUGGCGUAAACUGGUCGGAGCCGAUACCGAAGCCGAAGAAUUUCAACGCGGGAAGGACUUUCAGUAUGGCGGAUAGCGAUUGCUCUUAUAUGUCUAGUGAUUUCGACACGGACGAUUCAGAUCUCAACUCUGAAGGUAGUGACGAUGAUUCGGAAGGAUUCUGCAGCAGUAAAAAUACUAAUGCGGCUAUGGGAGUACGUAUAGAAUACAAAACGGCACACGAAGCGGAAGCCGUGGACGUUGAACGGAAACGUCCGGUCGCACCGGCGCCCAAACCGGACACGGAAGAUGCUGCGAGAGAUCUAGUUGAGUGUAAGAGAUUGCUGAGGGGGGGCAAGGCGACCGUGGAGCACGUCGAGAAAUUCAGAAAAUCUGUGGAAUUACAUAAAAAGGAAAUAAUUGAAAAUGGACAUUUGAUAACGAAAGAUGAACCAAUAAUUGAUUUGUUACCAGAAGUCAGAGAAACGGAUAAACAAAUAAAUAUUAUUAAUAGAGAAAACAAUGAUAAACAAGGAAAUGCAAAAGAAGCGAAUGUUUCCGAACAUAAAGAGACAGUUAGCGAUUUAAUAAGUGCUUCGUUCAAAAAUGUAACAGACAAUGAUGAAAAAACUAUAAUAGACAAUAAAGAAGAUUCUAGAACACCUCUAUCUAAAGACAAUAUAUUUAAUAAUUUAGAUACAGACGAAAUUUUAUUUAGUAAUAUCAAUAAAAAUGACAGUCUUCUUGAAGAUAAAACAAUGAAUUUAGAAAAUGAGGAAUCGAUGAAUACAGAAAACAAAUUAGUCCAAUCAUACCCAUAUUUGAAUGGAGUACAACUACAAAACGGACAAAUCACAUUGGAAUCGAUAGAACAAAAUAAAAGGAAAUUAUUAUCCGAAUUGAAAAAUACGCUAAAACACGAAGAGAUUAAAAAAUUAAACUGUUUUUCCAUGAAAGACAUAGAUAUAGAUGCUCCUAAUUAUGUUAACGAGAAAAUAGUGAACGUGGGUUUUGACAAUAAGGAUAAAUAUGAAAAGAUCGCAAGCGAAUGGGGGAAAAAGGAAUUUCGACCUUAUUACUUGGAUAAUGAAGGUCAGAAUGGUAAAGAGUUCGAUUUCGAUUAUCAGCCCAAUUUGGAAGGACACCCGGGGCCUAGUCCUAGUGUUAUAUUACAGGCGUUGACGAUGUCCAACGCGAACGACGGUAUCAACUUAGAGCGUUUGGAAACUAUUGGUGAUAGUUUUCUGAAAUUCGCCAUUACAGCCUAUUUGUACUGUGCCCAUCCAGCAGUACAUGAGGGGAAACUAUCCCAUAUGAGGAGUAAACAGGUAUCGAACCUGAACCUCUACCGUUUAGGCAGGAACAAACGUCUCGGCGCUCGAAUGAUAGCGUCCAAGUUCGAGCCGCACGACAACUGGCUGCCGCCGUGCCACAAACCGCCGCCCACACUGCAGCCCGGCGUCACUGAUGAUCAGGAAGGCAAGGAGAAGAGCGUGAAAAUGCCGGUCGACAAUACAGGGUGUUUCAUUCCGUACAACUUGAUAACACAGCACAGUAUACCAGACAAAUCAAUAGCAGAUUGCGUUGAAGCCCUAAUCGGGGCCUAUUUGCUAGAAUGUGGCCCGCGCGGGGCCCUGCUGUUCAUGUCCUGGCUGGGGAUACGCGUUCUGCCUUGCCAUCUCGUGCCACUGCCAGAAAACCACCCUUAUGUGUUGAGGAAAACUGUGGUAGUUGACCAGCAGAAACCGCAAAAGCGCGCGUACGAACCGCUCUCAACGGACUCGGAAUGCUCUUCAGAUGAUGAAUCCUCUGCAGAUAUACAGCCACCGCCUGAUGAUUGGGGUUGGAAGGGGAGACCGGUUGGCAGUCUGCGGCCUUAUAGAGACAGUGCGGGGAAAUGGGUUCAGCCAAUUUUCGGUGAACUCAAAGCGCCUCCGUCCCCCCUUCUUCGAUACAUUGAAGAUCCGGAAGGGGAGUUGGAACAAAUGCUGUCAGGUUACGAAGAACUAGAGAAGACCCUACAGUAUAGGUUCAGAGAUAGGUCUUUAUUACUACAAGCGCUAACACACGCGUCGCAUCAGAAAAAUAGAUUGACCGACUGUUAUCAAAGAUUGGAGUUCCUUGGUGAUGCUAUUUUGGACUAUCUCAUAACACGUCACCUAUACGAAGACGCCCGUCGCCACUCGCCGGGCGCGCUCACCGACCUGCGCUCGGCGCUCGUCAACAACACCAUAUUCGCGACACUCGCCGCGAGACACGGCUUCCACAAAUAUUUCCGUCACAUGUCGCCUGGUUUGAACGAAGUAUUAACUAAAUACGUGAAAAUACAAGAGGAGAAUGGACACUCUAUUAGUGAAGAGCACUAUUUAAUACAAGAGGAUGAAAUGGAGCAAGCUGAAGACGUGGAGGUGCCAAAAGCGUUGGGAGAUCUAUUUGAAUCGGUGGCUGGAGCUAUAUUUUUGGAUUCUGGAAUGUCACUCGGCGCAGUAUGGCGUUCAUACGCCCGUCUCAUGGUAGCAGAAUUAGAUGCAUUCAGUGCGGCCGCGCCAAAGUCGCCCGUCAGAGAGUUGCUCGAGGCUGAACCGGACACGGCCAAGUUCGGGAAACCGGAACGUCUAGCAGACGGUCGUCGUGUGCGUGUCUGUGUUGAAGUGUUCGGUCGGGGCACUUUCAAAGGAGUCGGUCGGAACUACCGCAUCGCUAAGGGUACAGCCGCUAGAUGUGCCCUACGGCACUUACGGGGGUGCCGAGUGAGAUAGAACA